AUGGCCGCCGCCUCUCGCCUCCUCCUCCUGCUCCUCGUCCGCGUCGCGGCCACCGUAUCCUUCGCGCUCGGGCUCGCCGGCCGCGCGCAGCUGGACCCGCAGCAGCUGCUGGCGCUGCGCGCGCUCGGCCUCGGCGCGCGCCGCGCCGGCGACCCCUGCGACGCGGACGGCGCCGUGGCCGCGUCCUGCGACGCGGGGGCGCCGUUCCGGCGCGUCACGUCACUCGUCCUCACCAACUGCUCCGACACCACCUCCGUCUCCGCCGCGGCGCUCGAGGCGCUCGCGCCGUCGCUCCGCGCGCUCGCCUUCUCGGACUGCCCCGCCGCGCCGCCGCGGCUCCUCCCGCCGGAGCAGCUCGCCGCGGGCCUCCUGUCCUUCUCCUGCACCGCGUCUCUCCGCCGCCUCUCCGCGGUCUGGCUCUCCCGCCUCGCCAACCUCACCGAGCUCACCGUCGCCAACACCCCUCUCGCCACCGGCUCGCCGUCCGAGCUGGCCGUCGUCAUCUCCCACAUGGACCACCUCACUCGCCUCACCAUUUCCAAUGGCAACCUAUCCGGCUUCCUCCCGCACCACUGGCACUGCCCCAACCUGACGCACCUCGACCUCUCCGGCAACCGCAUCGCCGGCGCCAUUCCCGACACCAUCACCCACCUUGGCGGCAUCACCCACCUGAACCUCAGCUCCAACGUUCUCAACGGGCAGAUCCCCACGCACAUCGGUGACCUCAUCUGGCUCACCGCCGUGGACCUGUCCAACAACUCCCUCUCCGGCGGCAUCCCGGAGACCUUCUCCACGCUGCCCGAGCUGGAGGUGCUCAACCUGGGCUCCAACCGGCUCAACGGGAGCAUACCGCCCUUCUUGUCCGAGAUGAGCGGCCUCAAGGAGCUCAACCUGGAGAACAACGACUUCGACGGCGUGGUGCCGUUCAGCGCCAGGUUCUUGUCGCGGCUGAGGGUGUUCAGGGCCGCCGGCAACGGCAAGCUGUGCUACAAUAGGUCGGUUCUCUCCGCCGAGGUGGCCGUGGGGGUGGCGCCGUGCGACAAGUACGGGUUCCCGGUCACGGCUCCCCCGGCGACGGCGCAGUCGGAGAAGAGCACGGCGGACUACGACGACGGCGGCAGUGACGGCGACGCGGACGGCGGCGCCGACGCUGGUGGCGGCCCCAGCGCGGUGGUUCUCGGGCUCGCCAUUGGCCUGUCUUGCUUGGCGUUCGUGGUCAUCUUGGUCGUCUGCCUCUGCAAGGUGUGCAGAUGAGAUGGCGUGAAUUUUUUGUUGCUUCUCUCGUGUUGACGAGGUUGGUUUACCACUGCAUGUCGAAUAGUCGGAUACGAAAUUUGCUGUUACGCUGUGUAGUGUAGCAGUGCAUGUUGCACUCUUCCCUAAACCAGCAUAGAUCAACUGAUCUGUCGAAAUGACGAAAAAUACAACGAAGAGGCCGCAUUUGCAAAGCAGAGUAUUCCUCUCUGUUUUUGUUU